CAUUCCGAUUUCUAGUGCCUCAAACCGAAAGCCUUGAUUGGGACUUUCUCAUCCCUGCACAUCUCCCCUGUACAUGAUGAACAUGCUGAAGUCCAGUGGACUGAAGAUCCCUGGCAGGGGCCCAAAGCACUCCCCUGGCCCCGUGGGACGAACGUCUGCUGGGGGAUCUGCUUCCGGCACUGUGAGCCAUAAAGACAACUCCCCACACAAGCAGACCUCCCCACUCCCCAGCAGCAAUGCCUCGGAGAAGUCGUGCUCCAAAACAUCAGAGGUGGGGGACGACGUCCUGGGGGACUACGUAGUUGGCGAACGCGUCUGGGUCAACGGUGUCAAACCGGGCGUCAUCGCCUACCUGGGUGAAACCCAGUUCGCCCCGGGACAGUGGGCUGGGGUGGUCCUCAAUGACCUGUUGGGCAAAAAUGACGGCUCUGUGGGCGGCGUGCGCUACUUUGAGUGCCAGCCACACCAGGGCAUCUUCACGCGCCCCUCCAAGCUCACCAGGCAACCGGUGGGCGAAGGGAGCGACGGCCACUCUGCUGAUUCCCUGACGGCUCAGAACCUGACGCUCCAUGGCGUCAACGGGGCUUCGCCCGCUGGUCAGCGCGUGGUUAUGCCACUCAGGGAAGGCAUGCUCAACAGUUCGGUGAAGACGGGUAACGAGUCAGGUUCCAACAUGUCCGACAGCGGCUCGGUCAAGAAAGGCGGGGAUAAGGACCUUCGAGUGGGAGACCGCGUGCUGGUGGGGGGCACUAAGACAGGAGUGGUGCGCUACGUGGGGGAGACUGACUUUGCCAAGGGUGAGUGGUGCGGCGUGGAGUUGGACGAGCCCCUGGGGAAGAAUGACGGUGCAGUGGCUGGAACCAGGUACUUCCAGUGUCCGCCCAGGUUUGGACUGUUCGCACCCAUCCACAAGGUGAUCCGUAUCGGUUUCCCCUCCACCAGCCCGGCCAAGGCCAAGAAGAGCAAGCGCAUGGCCAUGGGGGUGUCAUCCUUGGCCCACAGCCCCAGCAGCUCGUCCAUCAGCUCUGUUAGCUCUGUGGCUUCCUCGGUGGGCGGGCGGCCCAGUCGCACUGGCCUGCUCACAGAGACGUCGUCGCGCUAUGCCCGCAAAAUUUCAGGCACUACAGCGCUGCAGGAGGCACUGAAAGAGAAACAGCAGCACAUCGAGCAGCUGCUGGCCGAGAGGGACCUGGAGCGGGCCGAGGUGGCCAAAGCCACCAGCCACAUCUGUGAGGUGGAGAAGGAGCUCAGUGUCCUCAAGGCCCAGCACCUGCAGUAUGUCACAGAGACUGAAAGCAACCUCCAGCAAGUCAAAACUCUGUUGGCAAGCACUCAGAAGGACAAAGUAGAGCUGGCCAAUCAGCUUGAAGAAGAGAAAAGGAAAGUGGAAGACCUUCAGUUCAGAGUGGAGGAAGAGUCAAUCACCAAAGGAGACCUUGAGACUCAGACGAAAUUGGAGCAUGCCCGUUUUCGGCAGCUUGAGCAGAAUCUGUUCCUCGAAAAGUCGAGAGCAGAAAAGCUUCAGAAAGAAUUAGAGGUGAAUCGGCAAAGCACGGUUGAGGAGCAGAGCCGCGUCAUGCAGCUGGAGGAUGAACUGGCUCUGCGGCGGGCCGAGAUCGAGGAGCUCCAGGUCCGGCUCCGGGAUGCGGCCAAGGACGGGGACUCCACCCAGGGGCCGGUGGCCCAGUCGGAAACCAUUCUGCUCCGGGAGCAGCUCCUGACAACAGGCCGGGAGCACCACAAGGAGAGCAGCCAGCUGAGGGAGAAGUACGAGGCUGCAGUGGCAACGGGCCAGGAGGAGACAGACAAACUGAAAGCCACGGUGGACAAACAGAGCCAGGAGAUCAUCGAGCUGAAGCAGAGAGUCCAGCAGGCCACUACAGAGAACAUGGAGAUGAUGGACAACUGGAAGGUCAAGCUGGACACCCUGGUCAACGACCACCAGCGUUCCCUGGAGGACCUGAAGGCCUCGCUGUCCAGCGGCUCGGCCAAAGGCCGGGAGCAGGAACCCCAGGCGCUGAGGACCACACUGGAGAGCCUGCGCAUGGAGCACCAGCUGGAGCUGGAGAAUCUCAAGGCCAGGCAUGAGAUCGAGGCAGCCAUGCUGGCCAAGGAGCGUGACGAUCUGCGCUCCCGCCUACAGGAUGCCAAGGACCAGCUGGGCGAGAGCAGCCAGAACUGGAAUAGCCAGGCCCAGACGAAGGCCAGGAGUGACCAGCAGGCCCUGGAGUUGAGGGAGGUCUGGGAGAAGUUUCAGAAGGCCCAGCUGAGGGUGGGCGAGCUGGAGAGGCUGCAGGGCGAGCAGGACGGCGCCCGAGACGAGCUCCGGGAGCGCUUGGAGCUGGCUGAGAAGAAGAUGGUGGACUACAAGGCCCUGCAGAAGGCCGAGGCCCAGAGCAGGCAGGAGCUCUACAGCCUGGAGGAGAAGCUGAGGGUGACUGAGAACCGGCUGCAGGCGGUGCAGGAUGACCACCACAUGCCACAGGAUGCCAACGUUAUAGAAAAUAAUGACAUCUUGGAGGAACAGAUGAAGCUAAAACAGAAUGUUGAAGGUAUCGUAAAUAAUCUGACCAAAAGAGAAAAAGAGGUCUCUACUCUCACAUCACAUGUCGAUGCCCUCAAAUCACAGAUAACUGCCUUGGAGGGCAAAGUUCGCUUGGGUGAGAAGAAGGGCGAUGCCCUGGUCAAGGAGAAGAUGCGCCUGGAGGCCGACCUCGAGUGCAUGACCAAGAAGUCCCAUGAUGCAUCGGGACAGCUGGUUGUCAUUAGCCAGGAGCUACUGAAGAAGGAGAGGAGUCUGAACGAGUUAAGGGUGUUACUGCUGGAUUCCCCUCGCCACUCGCCUGGCCUGGACCGAGACCUGAGCCGAGAGGUGCACAAGGCUGAGUGGAGGGUGAAGGAGCAGAAACUCCAGGAUGACAUCAAGACCCUGAGAGACAAACUGAUCCUGCUGGGCAGGGAGAGGAGCUCGUCCCCAGAUCACCGGCGCUACUCUAUGCUGGACCCGUCGACCCUGGACUCGGAGGUGACCCGUCUGCGCCAGCGGCUCAUGAGCACAGAGGAGGCUCUGAGGGGAGCCCUGGAGCACAACCAGGAAGUGGACCAGCUGGUGCAGGCCAUGCGCACGCACCCAGACAAGAGCGAGGUGCAUGGUGGUGCAAAUUCAGCCAAUGGGAUUCAUCAACAGAAUUCUUCCUUUACUCAAGAUGAACAACACUGAUAUAGGAGAAGAAGAGCUCAUCUUGAAUUGGGGAAAUGCAGAGUCAGUACGACUUGGGACUAGCACUCCACUGGACUCCAGACAACAUUUUCUGUUUACAGUUACUACCAAAACAAUGUCUCUAUCUCAAUGUGUACAUUAAUCUGUUGCAAAAAAGAAAAACACCCAUUAGCCAAACUUAAGACAGCUUGAAGAUACUGUAAAAUGGUUGACAGAGGUGAAGAAUUAUAGGUAUGACUUUUGAAAACUGAUACAUACCCUGCCUACAUACCCAAGGAUGGUAUUGGACAUUUGGGCAUGAGAUAACCUUUUAUCUUAGUUUAUUAGAGAUCAUGACCCUAUGAGCCACGAGGAACGAAUUGUGACUCCAGAGAAUGAAAUGACUCUGGUGUCUGAUUGAAAACAAAGAUCAAGAAUUUGGCCUCAAUCCAUCACUUUUUGUUUUAUUUAUUUGCCACACUUCUUUUUUUUAUCCUUCUUAGAUUACUGUAGCUGAUUUGAUUUGGCCAGUGACGUUCAAUUUGCUUCAUAGCGAACAUGCUCUGUUGCGAACAUGUGAAUGAAACAGGGAUGCUGCUGGAUUUAGGCUGAUGUUGUAUCUACAUAUGAAUAUAGCUGCAUUAUCUGAAACCUGUGCAUACUGUAGAAGUGUAUUUAGCCAACUGAACCAAUGCAACUCGGUGCCGUAUGUGCACCAAAUAGCUAUCAGUUUAAUGGUUUACUCAUUUGAACUGAGUUAUCAUUAAUUCCACUAUGGCUUUACUGGAUAGUGGGAAACCAUACCACUUUGUAGUGUUUUCAUACACGUGAGGGAAAAAAAUGAAAAAAGAAAGUCUUAACUUCCUAUUGUUGAUCAUUUAUUCAAAGAAAGUUCAACCUGGAUCAAUGGCUUGGGAUCACUUUGUUCUUUGAUUCGAGUAGGCCACUCAACGGCUGUUUGGAGCACAAUGCAAACAAUGGAACAUUCAAAGCUUGUG